AUGGCUUCCGAAGAACAAGUGAAGAAUUCUGCAUUCGAUACAGAAGCUGCUAACUGUUUAGUCAAGGAGUUGAGAGGCACGGUUGUCGCUGGAAAAACGAAGAGCUACGAGUGGAGAGUAUCACAGUUGAAGAGCUUGUUGAAGAUGGUGGAAGAGCGCGAUAAGCAGAUUUGCGAUGCUUUAUUCUCUGACCUCUCGAAGCCUGAGAUGGAAGCUUUCAUCCAUGAGAUUGCUCUGAUAAAAAAUUCAUGCAAGGUGGCACUGAAGAAACUUAAAGAGUGGAUGAAACCAGAAAAAGUGAAAACUACUUUAAGCACUUUUCCUUCAUCAGCAGAAAUAGUCCCAGAACCUUUGGGGGUUGUUUUGGUCAUUUCAGCAUGGAACUAUCCUUUCUUGUUGUCUGUUGAUCCAGUGAUAGGAGCAAUUGCAGCUGGGAAUGCUGUUGUUCUGAAGCCCUCAGAAAUUGCUCCAGCCAUGUCUUCAUUGCUGAAGAAACUUCUAGAAGAAUAUCUGGAUAAUUCUGCUGUAAAAGUUGUUGAAGGUGGUGUUCCUGAAACAUCUGCACUUCUGGAACAAAAAUGGGAUAAAAUCUUCUAUACAGGGAAUGGGAGAAUUGGGCGAGUUGUCAUGGCUGCUGCUGCAAAGCACCUGACACCUGUAGUCUUGGAACUUGGAGGCAAAUCUCCUGUUGUGGUUGACUCAAACGUUGACUUAACUGUGACAGCAAGGCGUAUAAUUGGAGGUAAAUGGGCAUGCAACAAUGGACAAGCUUGUGUAGCUCCUGAUUACAUAAUCACAACAAAACAAUUUGCUCCCACAUUGAUAGACACUAUAAAACAAGAGUUGCUAAAGUUUUAUGGGGAAGAUCCUUUGAAUUCUCCGGAUAUAUCUCGAGUUGUGAACUCCAAUCAUUUUGCUCGGUUGUCAAAGCUAUUAGAUGAUGAUAGGGUUUCUGGAAAGAUAGUUCAUGGAGGCCAAACAGACAAGAGUAGCCUAAAAAUUGCCCCAACUAUUGUUCUGGAUGCGGAGGAAGAUUCCCUCAUUAUGCACGAAGAGAUAUUCGGUCCUUUACUUCUUGUAGUAACGGUUGAAAAAAUUGAAGAUGGCAUUGACUUUAUCAACUCAAGGUCAAAGCCUCUUGCAGCAUACAUAUUUACCAACAACAAGCAACUCAAACAAGAUUUUGUCAGCAACAUCUCUUCUGGAGCCAUAGUCGUUAAUGAUAUUUCCUUACACCUUAUGGUUGACACAUUGCCAUUUGGUGGAGUGGGGGAAAGUGGAACAGGGGCAUACCAUGGUAAAUUCUCAUUUGAUGCUUUUACCCAUAAAAAAGCAGUUUUACAUAGAAGCUUUUUGGGAGAUGCUCCAGCAAGAUACCCACCAUACACAGCUGGCAAGCUUAGGCUUCUGAAAGCUCUUUUAGAUGGCAGUAUCUUUGGCAUCAUUCGCGCUCUUUUCGGCUUUUCGUAAAUGUAAAUCCGUAAUUUUCACAACCCGUUUGCUUUCAUUUCCGUUAAAAAGUUCAAAUGUUUCCGUUAUCUUUACAUUUGUACAACAUCGUUACAAACAAAAACAUGUGAAUUCAUCUGUAUGAUACAAGUUGCGCAUCUUUUAGCAGAAAGCAGAUACAAACAGGAUUGACAGUUUGUCUAAAAUGACUAAUGAAAAUGAAAAGGAAACGAACUUAAAUCUAAAUAGGCUUAGCUCAUUAGCAUGAAUCUUGUAAGAUAUUAAAACACUCGGAUCGUUGUUCUUCGGACAAAUUUUGUGGGAACUUAACCGAAAACUUGAUGUUCAAGUUUCCUCUCUUUCCUUGUUCUUUAAGUAAACACAUGCCUUCUCCUUCGAUUGUUUUCGUGUAACCUGGGUUAAUGACAUCAUCAUCGAUGGUCAAACGUGAUUCUUGACCACCUAAAAAAGGUAUGGUAACUGUACAACCGGUCAAUGCAUCUACUAAAGGAAGCUCGAUUGCUACUUCUAAAUCGUCUCCGUUUCUUUUAAAAACGGGAUGUCGUUUCUCGUCAAUCACAAACAUUACAUCCGCAAUGCAAGUUGGUGAGGUUUGGUUUCCCUUACCCUCAAAUGUGAUCUUUGUUCCUUUCUUCCAUCCUGGUUUUACGUUUAUCGUUAGCACUUCAUCUUGUUGCAUACCCGUCGUCUGUAACUAUGUCUCGUUUGAUGUAGACCUUCUUGAUGCAACCAAAACACAAGUCUUCAAGGGUGCACUCGAGUCGCUUCACAGUAUCGGGAGGCUUUCGAAGUCCGUUAACAUCGGAAUACAAGAUUGUUGAAUUGUUCCUUGUCGGGUUGACAUGGAACACGGAGCCUUUAGGUAAAAAACCAGUGCUUGCGGUUCUUGAAAGUCUUGGAACUGAGACUCUAGGUGAGAUAAGACCUUCGGUUUCAUGAACAUCCCUCUCCAAGUCGACCUAAAAUGGUGUUUGUCCUUGCUCUUCACACGUGAUUUUUUUGCCGAGACGAUGUUUGGAGAUGAAUGAUUUGCAUGCUUUUCGAACGCCUCCCAUUCUCACACACGUUGAUCCCAUGCAUGCAGCAUCAGGAAUAUGAUACAAGAAUUUGUACGUUGACGAGAGCUAUAUAUACCAACUAUACCUCAACAAUUAAUCAAUUAUGUUGCAACAUAUCGAUGAUUUCAUCUCUUGUUCUUUUCUGUUAUGUCCUUUCCUUAAAUUACGCAAUCUCAACGCCAUGAAAUCUUAUUCUGAACACAAAAACAAAACCCAUUUCUAAAUUAACACCCUCAUUUUUUUGCCAUUUUGGAAAGAAG